CCCGUGCCCUAUCCGGGUUCGGGUUCGGUUUCAUUUUUUUAACCUGAAACCUAGUAAACCCGCUCCAUGUUCAGCUCUAACUACUUUCUACAUAUUAUUCACCCAUUUUUUUUUCCAGUGCCGCCUAUCUAUCUUCUUCUUCUUCUUCCAUCUUCUCCUUUCUAUUUUUUUUUUUAAUCUUGGUUCUGUGUCUUUGUCUCUUAUACACUCAUUCUCUCAAGCGAUUGAUUUAAGUAGAUCUACUACACCUUUAGACCAGCUCGGUGGCGUUGGGUGUACGGCGAAGCCUAUAACAGUGGUGGACGUACGGGCUUGUUCAAGCCAUUUCCGAUUGGUACAGAACAAUCCAAUAAGUCAUCUCUAUUUCCGUAUUAUUACUGUCACUACAGUAGCAAAGCUAGCUACAGACAGCCAUGGCUUCAAAGCUGCUUCCAUUGAGAAGGUUAUGGCGGCUAUCAAGGCUUCCUUCUUCUCCAUCAUCUUCGAGUUACUACUGUUCAAGUUCCCAUCUUCUGGAUUGUCCAAUUCCUCUCCCUGUCUAUGGCAACUCUCUCAAACCGUGUUAUUCCUUCACUUCGAGAUGCUUGUGCUCUCGACCUACGAAUGCGGAUGGUAGUUCUCAAGGCCCUGCCCCCAUUGACUAUCGUUCUGUGCUGCAAGAGGAUGAGUUUCACAGACUAGCUGAUUCCACAAUACAUGAUCUUCAAGAAAAGCUCGAGGAAUAUGGGGAUGGUGUUCAAGUUGAGGGCUUUGACAUAGACUAUGGGAAUGAUGUGUUAACCUUGAAGCUUGGUGAUUUGGGAACGUAUGUGUUGAACAAACAAACUCCUAAUAGACAAAUUUGGUUGUCCUCACCAAUAAGUGGUCCUUCCAGAUUCGACUGGGAUCACGAUGCUCAUGCUUGGGUUUAUAGGCGGAACAAAGCAAAUUUAGUGGAUGUUUUGGAGCGUGAGCUGGAACAACUGUGUGGCGAAACCAUAAGCCUUUCUUAACCAGUUAGCAGGCAGGCUAGCAGCCGUGGCAUUACAACAACAUCUUCCUAGAAAAUAUAUUUAUUCCAAAAUUUACUUUGCUUCAAAACACCGGUGGCAAGCCUCGUGAACAGGAUUCUUCAGAGCAUGGAUGCAGCUGGUGUUCGUUUCUCUGUUGCACAAUUUUACUUGGAAUACCUAUACCUUUAAUUUUUUAGAUUUGCAGUUUCCUUGGUAUGGCUCGAUAUGUGGAAAUUUUUUGUUAUUUGGUGAAUAAUAAUAGUGGAUCCAAGAUUCACGAGUAAUAGAACUAAAGUAAAUAGUUUAGCAAUUUUAUAUUGAGUUAAUUUUGUGGAUUGCUUGCGAUAAUGUAUUUUAAGGAUUUGAGGCUUAAAUGUAAAUUCUAGUUCAUAGCAAAA